AUGAAGAUUAAUUUUGGUGCCUGCUCUGAGACGGCACUGCAUCCAAUCGCAGUGGAGAUAAUUUGCACAGGAGGAGAUGAGGGCGAUUGGUCAGAGGAGGUCGACUCUGCCUCAGACAUCAGACAUCAGCCAUCGUUGCCGACAUCGGUGAACGAAAUCGAUUACUGCAUAGUUGGUAUUCUCGCCUGUCGUCAUGGCGGCUUCGCCCGGACCAGCAGAGGCCGGCUUUUGUACAUUCUUCCUCUUGCUUGCAACGCGAACUCUAAACCGAUGUGCCGCACGCUUUGA